AUGGAUAAUAAAAUAGCAAUAAUUUUACCAACAACUUUGAAGCUAGCGGGUUAUGCUGACUUAGAGAAAUUAGCCUCUUUUGAAGAAGCAAGAAGUCUAAAUUAUGGACUUUUCAUGGCAGUGGACGAAGAUGACAAUUAUGAUGAAGAGAAAUUGCACUCUAUUUUUAAAAAUGCCAAAGAAAUUUCUAUAAAGAAGUACCCAAUUGAAAAACCACCGCGAAUAUGUUCAAUGUGGAGAGAGUCAGCCCAAGAAGCUUACGAAAAAGGAUACGAAUUUUUCCUAUUAUUAGGAGAUGAUAUAGAAAUAUCUGGAAAUUGGUAUGAAGAAGUAGUAAAAUUGUUUCAAGAUAUAUCAGAAAAAAAUAAGGUGUCUUUUGGCGUUGGUUGUGUUUGCCUAAAAGACAACACUUCACCUAAUUUUCCUACUUUUCCGGUAGUCCACAGAAAACAUAUUGAAUUGUUUGGAGAAAUAUUUCCGAAAGAAUUUGUCAAUCAAGAUGCCGACCCUUACCUCUAUGAACUGUAUCGAAGAAACAGUAUUGUGGUAGACAGAAACAUUGAGGACAUUUCUCCCGAGCAAAUAGACUAUUUGCGAAAUUUGGAAAAAGCAGCUCCGGCAAGAGUGAGAGUAAAUGAGCAAAAUAUGGGCGCUUCUUUUUCGAGAAAUAGAGGCAUGCAAGAAAAAAAAGACGGCUUUGUGGGAAAAAGUAUCCUUCCUCGGGAUAACAGGCAAGCUACCGAUGCUGUCCAUAUGGCACAAACUAGUUUUUUUUGGACAAUUUGUGACCAUUUUCCUCAGACUCCGUGGGGCGUGACGGCUAAUUUACUGCACCCUCAACAUACUUUCCGCACUUUACCUAAUGUUUGGGAAUGGACAGCGAUUCUUUCUGCUUCUAGCGUUGUUUUGGGUUCCAAAAGAGCAUUGGUAGCCUUGGAGUCUAAUAUUCCUCGUAAUGCUAGCGAGUUAGGACAUGCUUUGUGCAGCGUUUCUAACGGAAGAUUUGAGAACGUGACCAAAAGAUUUAAAAGUAAUAAAAAGCGAUCAAAUGGUUAUAAAAACAAAUCUCCCCAAGAACAAUUAGAUUACUUUUAUGCUAAUAAAUCCCAAGUAAAAGAAAUUAAUUUAGAAUAUUUAAACUUCAACCAACCCAAAAGAAUAAAUAUUCAAUCCUCAAACCUCCAACAAUUAAUCUUAAAUAAUUUACCUAAAUUAAAGGAACUUUAUUGUUCUCAUAAUAAACUAACCACCUUAGAUUUAAGUGAUUAUGCUAGUUUAGAAGGAAUUAGUUGCUCUGAUAAUCAACUCAAUCAAAUUAAAUUACCAAAGGGAGAAAAAUUAAGAGAAUUAAUUUUAAACAAUAAUAAUCUCCACCAAGAUUUAUCUUUUUUAAGUGGUUUGGAUGCUGGUUAUGCAAAGCAAUGGAAAGGUCAAAAAUUUACGGUCGAGCAAACUAAAGAGUGGAUAGAAUUAGGAUUUAACCCUAAUGGGUUAGAUAAAUUACAAAAAUGA